ACCAUUGAAUCCAAAAAGCUAAAAUAUGAGGUGUUAAAAACUUGCCUGGCAGUGUACAGUAUUAUCGACUGUAUCAUAAGACGUUUUAUAGAGCUUUAUUGAUUUUGAGGGAAUGUUGAAUCAGAAAAUUUACUUAUUAAUCGCUGUACAGAAAUUGAGGUUCUCACAGUAUGAGGUUUAAUUUUUGUAUGUCUUGAUAUGACCAGUUAAUCACCUCUGUGUCUUGAAGCAAGAAUUCAAUACAAAUCAUAUCCUUAGUAGUUAAACAGUAGUAGAUUUGCUUUGUUAUGUAGAAGAAAUGACUUCUAUGAAAAAAAAGUUACCAGAACUACUUCACAUGACACUUGGAGCUUAUUCUGACUAGUAUUUAUAUACGUCACCAUACCGCAGUAAUAUGAAUCUCUACAGGCAGCACUGAAUCUGUUUUGAGUCACUUGAUCUUGCCAAAAUGUUUGUGUUUUUGUUCUGUAAAGUCAAAUAAACGAUUUAUCUGCAUUGAGAAAAAGUUUGGAGUUUUUCCCCCCCCUUUCAGAUUUUUUCCCCUUUCAGACAGAUAAAGUGAGGAUGAGGGUUUGGGGGCGUGUUCUUCAGAAGCUCUGAAACUGAAGACAGUUUAGAAAACCGCUCACAGUGUCAGUCGUAAAGCCACUACAGAGGACGCAGGACCUGUAGAAGAAACACAUGCUGUAAACUGUCUGUCUGGAUCACGUUUUCUUGUAAGGAGUUUGGAUAAACAACAGCUUCAGCGAUGAGAACGUCGUGUCUAAUGACCUCUGCCAUAGUUUUGGCGCUGCUGCUUAGCCCGCCGAGGAGUACAGAUGCCGCGACCUUUCAAGGCGCUUUCCCACACCCAAACAAAUACAGCCCGAAUGAAUCGGACAGGUGUCAACAACCUCCUAUCAGUGGAUUCAUUUCUCGCGGGAAUGGGCCCGCGACCACAACCGAUGAGGUGCUGGAGUCCAGUCAGGAGGCGCUGCACGUCACGGAGCGUCGGUACCUGCGGCUGGACUGGUGCAAGACACAGCCGCUCAAGCAAACCAUCCACGAGGAAGGAUGCCUGAGCCGCACCAUCAUCAACCGGUUUUGCUACGGCCAGUGCAACUCCUUCUACAUCCCGCGGCAUAUCUACCAGGACGGAAACGCUUUUCAGUCCUGCUCCGCCUGCAAACCCAAAACCUUCAGCACCGUCACUUACACCCUCUUCUGCCCGGGACAGACGCCCAGUACCAGGAAGAAACGGGUCCAGCGCGUAAAGCAGUGCCGCUGCACAACAAUAGAUACGGACUAGACGCAAACUAACACAUGCUGGCCGAUAAUAUAUAUUCCCUUCUGUGUGAAGGAAAGUGCAGCUUUGCAAAAAAUAAAAAAGGGACACAUGAGAAUGAAGUGGGAAUGAGAAAGUGAGGAACUUAAAUGAGAUCAAACAUCUUGUCCUUUUUACCAUUAUAAAGGAGAGAAGAUACUGAAUUUACCACUAAUUCUGCUGAUAAACAAAGUUAUUGAUUCAGGUGUCAUGUUUCCUCUGAGAUGAUGGUUUCACCUGCAACUAAUAACUUCUCACACCAACCAAAUACCAAAUAUACCGUAACCAGAAAGUCAUUUUAUUUGUGUUAACAGAUUUGUUGGACUUUGACAAAGUUUUAGUUUAGUGAACUCUUUGAGUGUCAGUGAAAGCAAGUUUUAGGUCGAGGCUGUAACAAUUCAUAAUAUUUGUUGCAGACAUCUGGCAACAGAAAAGAUGGUGUGGGGGUGCAAGACGUGUACAGAAAUGUCAACCUCAUCAGAUAAUGUGUGAGGAUCUUCAAAGGACUUUGAAUGGUUGUAUUGUUUCCACUGUGUGGGAUGUGAGCUGAGGGCUUUGAUGAUAUAAAGAUUUUUCUUUUUU